UGUGUGAUUAAGAAAUCCCGUAAAACAUUGUAAAGCAUAAGCGAUGCGGGUUUACUAGGUUUUCGACGAAGUCAACGGGCCUGUGGAGAAAAAGCUGGCCGGCUCCAGUGCUUGGUCAAACGCCAAGUGGCAUCCAAGGGCCAGGAUGGCACCACGCAGCAGCGCCGGCGAAUAUGCUGGCGCGGGUUUAAAAAGCGCGGCAAAGUGAUUUUUUACCUGGCGAGGCGGUGUCGGUGGUGGCAAUCCACGUCGGUGUUUUUCCCGUGCCACGUCGGCUCGCAGCCAUGUCAUAGCGGACCAGGGGUUCUGUGCAGCCAGAGAGGAGGCGAGAGAGAAAGAAAAGAAAAGAGGGAAGAGUAUUUUCAGCGAUUCCAGCGGCAUCGGCAGCGCGUAGCAUCCCUGACGCCCUACUGACGAAUUCGUGUCCCCGCUGGCGCGAGUCCUUGAAUUCCUGGAGGAAUAACUCCAAAUCUCUCAUUCAUCCCCCAAUCUCCUCCUCCAUCGCUCGCUUGCUCGCUCGCUCGCUCGCGGCCGAUCGAUCACAAGGCCGCCGGGGCCAUGACUCUCGGCGAUUCUUUUCUUGCGUCAGAUUGUCACAGCAGGCCGCGGAGAGGAGGAUCUGCGGGCAUUCCGGGCUGGAUCGACGAAUCUUGCCGCGCAAGAAAGAAAUUCCGGCAUUUGCUAGCUAGUGUGGAUAGAUUAUAACAGCAGCGCGAGCGCGAGCAGGGAAGAAAGGCCGCGGGAUUGUGCGUUAUGAUCCAGAGAAGGAGGAGGGGGGUACAAAGAGGAGUGGCAGCAGCGGCACUGAUGAGUGAUGGGAUUUCGUCGCAGUGACACGAAAAUUGGGCAGCAUUUCCUUCCUCUCCUCGAGACUCCGCUAGAACCCUAAUCCUCCUAGUUUGCUACCAUUUUUUUUUCUCUUUUUUCUAGUCUUCUCUAGUCAAUGCCUAUGAAUUCUCCUUGAUUUCGCUGGUUCUUCCCGGGAUUUAGCUCGCCGCGGCCGAUCCAAGUUGGCGGCCCAGAAUUCCUCCUCCCUGGACGAGGCAUGGGUCGGCAUUCUUGCUGCCAGAAGCAAAAAUUGAAGAAGGGGCUAUGGUCGCCCGAGGAGGACGAGAAAUUGGUACAUUACAUCACGAAAUACGGGCAUGGAUGCUGGAGUACAGUGCCCAAACAAGCAGGAUUGCAGAGAUGUGGCAAGAGCUGCCGAUUGCGAUGGAUCAACUACCUCCGUCCGGAUUUGAAGCGAGGGAUUUUCUCGGCGGACGAGGAGAAACUCAUCAUCGAUUUACACUCGGCCUUGGGCAACCGGUGGUCGCAAAUCGCAACUCAGCUCCCCGGACGAACAGACAACGAGAUCAAAAACUACUGGAACACUUGCAUCAAGAAGAAGCUCCGGCAGGCCGGCAUAGAUCCCAACACACACAAGCCAGUGAUCCAGGCGUCGGAGCACGCGAUCAAUCCCGAGAGCUCCUCAAUCUCCAGCUCCAAUCUAAACUCCACAGCCACAACGAUCACAAACACGACGAUUCCGCACGAGACGCACCAUCUGGAUCAACAAUUGGUGGAACCGGCGAGCAAAAGGCCUCGGAUCUAUCCCGCGGUUCUCGAGGACAUUUUGUUCGCGCCGAGGAAUCAAGCGCAGGUGGCGGCGGUGGAUCACAAGAAGCAUCCCUCGGACGAGAUCGCGAGCACGAACAAGCCGGACAAGCUCACCACGGAUAACUUUUUGGGCAAGUUCUUGGAGAGCGCCGGCGGUGACAAUCCAGUGGCGGCGAAGCUCCAGAAGAUGGCGUUGGAUUCGAAUUCUCCCAGCUUGAUCAAGCAGCAGCAGCAGCAGCAGCUCAUCACGGACAAUUUGCUCGAGAAGUUCCUCUCCACCCCCUCCUCGAGAGACGCGAUUCCGCGAAGAAAUCCUCUGCUGGGCGGUGGUGCCAAGCCCGAGUUUAGCUUCCCAUCGCUCCUCCCGGUCCCGAGCAGCAACAAUUACAGCACCAAUCCAGUGUUUUGGGUCUUCCAGCAGCAGCAGCAGCAGCAGGGAAAUCACCUGAAUUCCUCGUCGAUUCCAUCGGCGGGCAUGGAUUUCACGGGCGGAUCGUCCGACUUGCAAUCCUCCUUCUAUGGCGACACGGAUUCCGCGAGUCUAAUGCGCAAUUCGCUGGUCAUGCUCAAUCACCACCACCACCAUCCUCUGGAUCAUCACCGAGGGGGGAAUGGCUGGGAGAAUCUUUGCAGCACUAGCAGCACGAGCAGCACAUCGAGAUCGUCUCAUCCCCAGCAGCCGCUGUGGAAUUACUCGCACAAGCUCGAGAGCUCGGAUGGGUCGUGCGAGAGCCAAUCGCUGGGAGCAGUGUCGGAGCUCCUGCCAGUGUCGUGUGCGAUGCAGGAGUUCUCUGACAGCCACGGCAGCGCGCACAAGGCGUCGCAGGGGAUGAUCUCAUCGUCGUCGGCUGAUCAAGGAGUGGUCUCCUGGGCGGCGCACACGGCGGCUGUGGAUCUGGCGAGCUUUGGGCCGAUGUCGCCCGAAUUGCAGAGACUGGCGGCGGUGAUCGAUCAGAUGUGAAGUGGGUUCUCGCGGGAUUCGGGGAAUUUCCGGCAGGAUUGGAGGAAUUGGAGCCGAGAUCGACAGUGCUCUGUUUUCUCCCAAAACAGAGGAACUCACUGGAAAAAAUAAGCGAUGGUGGAGGAAGCGAUACGUACAGAGGAUUGGGGGGGCUUUUUUUUUUUUUUUCUUCUUUCGAGGGUUGCUGCUGCGCGUUUCAUCCGCUCCUCGAGGCGAUCGAUCGGGCGAGAAGAGAUUUUGGAGCGAAUGAAACGAGCAGCAAGGGGGCAAUUCUUUCAUUUCAUGGUUUGCUGCUGGCUGGCUGGCUGGCUGGCGCGCGCGGCCGAUCGAUCUACAAGCGUGUACAUUGGUUUGUGACAGAAGGGGAGGAUCUAAGAUCGAUCGCCAUGGCCAGGCGGCAGCCAAGGAAAAUAAAUCCCUUUGGCACGGAGCAAUCGCGAGCCAAGGGGGCGGCGGCGGCGGCGCGGCGCACAGACGAUCGUGCCGCGCGGUAUGCCGUGCAGUGUUGAUACCCGGCUGGGCGGCAUGCCGCGCGGCAGAUAUGCUUACGUAUACAUAUAUAUAGAGGUGUUGUUUUUUUUUUC